AUGUUCAUCAAUACACUUGUAGAAGGAAAAAUCCCAGUAAAAGCAUUAAUUGAUACAUCGUCGAAGUUUAAUACCAUUAGUGAGAGCUUGUUCGAUAAGCUUAAAGAAGAUUAUGAAUUAGGUGAUCCUGUUGAGAAUCUCUAUAGGGAUGUAAUAG